AUGUUAUUUAACGGAAGUUCAAACCAACAAGUUAUCGUAGCAGGAGAAAACUUCAAAGGAUCAACUCCUUAUCAAAUUGAUGAACCCAAGGACAUAUUUGUCGACAGUAUAUUUAACCUGUAUGUUGCUGACUAUGGAAACAAUAGAAUCCAAUAUUUCCAAGCAGGACAAAUCAAUGGAAAAACAAUAGCAGGAAAUCGAACUUCAAACAAUAUAACAUUAAAUAAACCUACAUAUGUCAUACUUGAUGCUGAUGGUUCUUUAUACGUUACUGAUAACCAAAAUCAUCGUAUUAUUCGAUCAGUCAAUGACACCUACCAAUGCAUAGUUGGUUGCAAGAGUAAACAAGGGUCUACAAAUGAACACUUGAUUAAGCCAUAUUCUCUUCAUUUCAACAGUUAUGGCAAUUUAUUUGUUGCUGAUGGAUACAAUAGUCGGAUACAAAAGUUCACAUUAGUAGGAAAUAAUUGUGAUACUUCAAUUACAACAAUAACUUCAACACUCGAAUAUGCAACAAGUAGUUUAUCAAUUACCACUCAACAAGUUGCAACAGCACAAUUACAACAAACAUCAACAUUAACUACGGUUAAAGGUGAGAUUGAAUCUACUACUAUUUCAACAACAAUUGAUACUUCAAACAUAACAAUUAGUUUUAAUCAGACUGGUAAGUCAUCAUCGAAAUUUGUAAGUUCAUGAAUGUAUUGCUAAAAGUUGUACACAAUGAUUUUCAAAAUGGCAUAAUAAACUCUUGAGAUCAAAAAUUUUUUUUUCUAUUCGAAAUAUGAUGAUUAGAUAUAGGGGGCAGUUAGAAAUCACAUAUUCUAUAAUGAAGCGAAUACACGUUGCUUUUCAUGUGAACUAUGAAUUUUUUUGAAUAAGAAACGAUUACUAAAUUUAUAUUUAUAUGAUAGUUUGAUUGAAAAAAAAAACAGAAUCGUAUUUGAAAAUGUAAUAAUUAUUGUUCAAAUGUGAUAUAGUUUAUAUGUUUAAGAAAUUUUCCAGAUCGAUAUAUGAAAUCUGAAUAGUAUAUUUUUAUUGAUGAAUAAUGAAGUACUCUAAUUUUGAUCAUAGUUAUUUUUUCUACUCAAAUUAAAAUUAUUCAUUAAAGUUAAUGUAUAUUCUUGUGAUCAUGAGAUUAAAUUAGUUCAUAUACUUAUAAAUUCUUUUUAUAAUUAGAUCCUAUGUUGUAAUGAACGACUUGAAUUUCAAAAAUCAAUAAAAAACAAUUGAUUAAUUAUAAAAUAAUGUAUGCGUAUGUACGUGUUACAUUUUCUUCAAAACUAGACAAAAUAUCAAUUAAAAUCAUAAGAAUAAGCUUGCUUAUGCGGAAAACAUAAAUAGUCCUAAUAUUUUGAUACAAUUUCAAUGGACAUUAAUGUUCGUUCUUUGUUAAAAAUACUAUAGUUUUGCAGCGAAUAAUUUCAUUUAAUAGAGUCUACAAAUGAAUUAUUCAAUGCUAAAUAUUAUUCAGAAAUUCGGCUUUGUCAUAGCGUGUCUUGCGAGUUUAUUCAGACAAAAUAUUUAAUGAAAUUUUCUAUUAGACAAUUAAAUCGAUCAGGCAGUACAUUAGGAUCAAUUCAGAGAUAAUAAUAUCAAAAAAAUCAGAAUUUUUUUCAGUUCUUUUUACAUGCAUCUAUAGGAAGCAACAGAAGAACACAAUUAUAAAAUACGUUUGUCACAUUUCAGUAUGUUCUAAACUUUCAGGAUAUUAGCAUGUUCUCUCUCUACUAUUGUUUUAUCCUCUUUUUGUUUCUUCUACUAGAAACAAUCAAAAUUUAUGAACAUAAUAAAAAUAAACAAACAAUACUGACAUAAGAGAUUUAUUGGUAUAAGUUUUAAAAAAACAUACAAAACUCUAUAGAAUAAGAUAAAUAUUUUAUAUAUGGAGGUGAAUUGCCCAUUAGUACAUAAAAAAGUAUCCAGUAAGUAUCUUGACAAAGGAAAGAUUGAAAUAUCUCCAGUAUGAUUCGACCUAAAGGACUCAUUUUUUUCUACCAA